AUGGCUGCAGCAGGUCCGACAUCGCCCUCGACCCUGCCCGAGGUGCCUGUGAAGCACAAUGACUUCCUCUCUCACGUCGCCGCCAACCCCAACUCUCCCAUGAGAGAGCUCAUUGAGCCGUACAAACGAUUCGACUCCAAAAUCCGCGAAGUCUUUGCUCAAGAGCCAGACCACCCCGCACUCACUGACCCGUUCUUGAACAUUACCCCAGUCUUCACUGGUCAGGAAUCCAAUGCCAGAAUUCGUGCACGCGACCUCGCCACUGAGUCGGAUGCCGAGAAAGAAAAGUACAUCAUGCCUCUUGACGCUGAGCAGCGGAAGCCCAAUGGCAGCCCGGCAGUUGUCCAGUCUUUGAAGGAAUUCCAGACGAACUUCAAUAUCUUCUCUGAAUCCUCUCUUGUCGACCUGGACUGGAGCAAUGUCGUAGCAGCCGGGAGUUCAGUCGUCACGCCACUUUUGCCCAUCCCGAAGGAGUACUCGGACUCGAAGCGAGCGCUUCGUCAGUAUUACCAUGAUGUCGUCGCCCCCGCCUCCGAUGUCGACCUCUUCCUCUAUGGCCUGAGCGAAGAGGAUGCUUUGGAGAAGAUCAAGCAGAUUGAAAGAAAGGUCAAGGAUUCCAUCCUCGCAGAGACGACAACAAUCCGCACCAAGCACGCCAUCACCAUUGCCAGCCAGUACCCGACACGCCAUGUGCAGAUCGUUCUCCGCAUCUACAAGUCCGUCGCUGAAAUUCUCACCGGCUUCGAUGUUGACUGUUCCUGCGCUGCUUAUGAUGGUAAUCAAGUGUAUGCUUCCCCUCGUGCGCUGGCCGCAUUCAUGACGCAAGUCAAUACCAUCGAUCUCACCCGCCGUUCUCCCUCGUAUGAGAACCGGCUGUCCAAGUACUCCCACAGGGGCUUUGAGGUGUACUGGCCCAAUCUCGAUCGAUCCAGGAUCGAUCCCACCAUCUUCGAGCGCAACUUUGCCCGAACCGUUGGGCUUGCUCGCCUCCUCGUUUUGGAAAGGCUUCCCAAUUCCUCCGAUCGUGAUGAUUACAUGGAUCAGCGCCGAAGAGAGAGAGGAAGGCCUGAAAUCAAUCGUUAUGCUCGAGCACGUCACGGCUUGAGGGGAAACAUCAAAGAAAAGUACGAGGACGAAGUUGCCGAAUGGGUCGAGGAGGAUGAGGUGGCCGACUACCAUACCUUCACGAUUCCUUACGGCGAGAAAUUUCAUGCUCGGAAAAUCGAGAAGCUACUCUACACCAAGGACCUACUUCUCAAUGCAGAGUGGAACAAGCCCAAGGAGCGCGAAGUGAACCUGCAUCGUCAUCCAGCUUUCUUCGGUCACGCCGAAGACGUCUUCUUUGACUGCUGCGGCUAUUGUCCGAAGCCGGAUACGCCUGAAGAAGAAGAGGUCGCUGAGGAAGAAAGCAAGACCUUUGUAUCUGGGAAGAUUUCAUUCAUCAAAGAUGACCCAGGCCGCCAGACCAUCGGCAGCUUCAACCCCCUGACUGACAACGACUGGACGGAGAUGGCAUACGUCGGCAACACUGCUCGUCUAUGCCAAGCAAUUGUCGACGGCGAUUUGGAGCACGUCGAAGAUUGGCUUUCACAGGAAGGAGCCGACCCCAACACUCGCGAUUACACUGGGCGGACUCCAUUGCACCUUGCUUGCCACUCAUCUUCUCCCGAGAUAGUGCAGCGCCUUGUGGAUGCAGGUGCUCGCAUGGUUGCUCGUUUGGCCGAUGGCCGUACUGCGCUUCAUCUCGCCGCUGCCCGAGGAAAUGUGGAGAUUGUGAGGAUAUUGAUGAGGAGAAGUGAAGCGAACGAAGAGGGAGAGGCCAACAAAGCCGAUUUUCGUCGGAAAUCAAGGCUUGCAGCCAAGGAAGCCGCAAGUUCUGCUGCCCCCAAGAGUCCUUCUGACACUCAGAUGGCCUCUGACGAGGAAGACGCCGAGAUGAUUGAUAACGAUGAGGACGAUGAUGACGUGGAAAUGAAGUCAACUACCACUGGGUCUUACGUAAAUGUCAAAAAGUCCGAAGAUCCUGAUGAAAACGACAACCUGCCCGAGGAUAACGAGGAAGAGCCGGAUGUUUACGAUGUCAACGUUUUGGCUUGGGACACCCCCAGUUCUCCUUUGCAUCUAGCCAUCUUCAACGGUCAUUGCGAGGUUGUCAAGGAGCUCGUUCAGAACUUCGGUGCUGAUGUUCUGCUGCCAGUCAAGCUUCUCAACGGUUACAACAGAAAGCCGUCGGCAGCAAUCCUAACUCUUUGUCUCGCAACGCACCUGCCUCUCGAUAGGGCUAAGGAGAUGAUACAAACACUUCUGGAGGUCGGUGCGUCUUCUGCGCAAGCAGAUCUUCAUGGCACCACUGCCUUCCACCGUUUCACCGCGCAGCAGACAGAACUGAUACAAGCAUUGCUUGAUCAUGACCUUUCCGGGGCGAAGAGAGCACUGAACCACCUCGUCUGCGGAGGCUUAAACUACCGCCCGUUUCCCAUCAGCCCUCUUUCAACGGCAAUCGACUCCCAGAACACCUCCUUAGCGCUCAAGCUCCUGGAAACUGGGGCUCAACCAGAAAUAGGAUUCCAAGAAUUCGUGGACGCUUGGGCCUCGAUGCGCGGUUCUUAUUACGACAAGGAAAACACGGAAAGGAACAUGGAAACCUACCGAGAAAACACUCGUCAACCGGUUAUCGUAGCCGCCCAAAACGAACUUCCCGAUGUUGUUCUACAGCUACUGAAGCAUGGCGCCAAUCCAAGCACCCUUACUUCCGGAGCCUGGCGAGUCGUUCAAGAAGACCGCGCGUAUGACAGCAACGACGCGCAGACCCUGCUUGACGUCGUACGCAAGAAGUUAAAAGAACUUCGAGGAUACGAUGACAAGAUCGACAUCGAGCUUCCAAAACCAGCCUUUCAAGGUUCUGGUCAGGAGUACAUUGAUGUUCACGGUGACGGCAGCUAUCAGCAGUGGAUUGCCGUUCGGGCUGUUCAACGAGAGCUUCGCGAUCAUGAAUCUUCCAUGAAGAAUUACAAGAAAGCUCUCGAAGAGGCCGAAAACAGAAAGGGUCUUAUGGAGAAAAGAGAGGCUGUAGAAAAGCUAUGCCGUCAGUUCGAAAGCGUCGAGACAGAACUCCUGGCGAAGGGAGCGAAGUCAUUCUUAGAGCUGUAUCCAGAUUUUGCCCCGAAGAAGCGUGACCAUAGUAGCCCUGACGAGCCGAGGGAGAAAGAGGAGCCAUGGAAAGUGGAUUUCAGCUUCAGAAUCCCGGAUCUUACCGAAAAGAAGAGGGAAGGUUACAUCGAGCUCUUCGACGCCGCAUGGAAGGGAGAUUUGCUUGCUAUCAAGAGACUAACUCUGACCCUUUGGGGCGAACUGCGCGACCAAUUGCCGCUUAAGAUUGCUGUUACCGACUCGGAGGGACUUUCUCCUCUCCAAAUUGCUGUCCUUCGUGGUCACAUUGACUGCGCUGAAGGAAUCUUGGAGAUUGCGAAGGCCCAGUACAAGCCAAAGGAGAAGAACCAGGAAAGAUACAGUAUGGAGGGAGACGAAGACUCGGACUACGAGUCAAGCCAGGCCAGUGAAGCAAGUGAGGAUGAGGACAAGAUCACGGUUUUCCGGGAAAUCGUCGACGAUCAGUUUACCAUCGAAAACAUCGGCGAAGUUGCUACCCAAGUCCGAAGCAGUGUGUCUCCGUUGACUUUCCUGGAUUGGGGUUGCACAAUUCCACGCGUGGAGAUGGCGAAGAAGGAAUCCUCGGUGAUUGGUCUUGCUUCACAUCCUCUUACUGGAGAAUGGCAAAGCGCCCAAUCCGAUGAUCUCGUACAGUAUGCCAUUGAAAAGGACGACCUGAGCCUGCUCAAGACCUUACUUCAGUGGGGCGCACAAUACACUGCGCAGUACAGCAAGCCGGACGGCGAAGAGACGACCGUUCCAUUCUACACGAGGAACGAAGACGAUCUUAUUUUCGCGAUGCGUCUAGGUCGCAUCAGUUGCCUUACUGAACUCAUCAAGCGGACAGGUGUCGGCCUCCCAUUGGAUAAGCUCAUCAAGAGGAGUGGCGUUGAGAUCAUUGAAAAGCCCAGGUACUACCAGGGCUUAUCCAUUCAUGGAAAGAAGAGAGCGGACUGGGCAGCCGCCGGAAGAGGGGUCACCCCCCAGAGAGCGAGCGAUGAGCACCCUCCGCUCCUUCAAGCUGCAAAAACAGGAAACCUUGAAGCAAUCGAAUGGUUCCUGAGCGACGCCCCGACCAGAUGCUACGCGGAAUUCGCCGAGGAGAAUAAGGGGGACAAGAGGCUGCAGCACCUAGCGAAAGCUAACGGCGGCAUUCAGCGGGCGAUUUCCGACUGGCUAGAUCUAAGGCAAAAGCUCGUUCUCCAUUGCGCCGUUAUGGCUCCCUGGAGGUCUGGUGAAACGUCAAAGGUCCUAGACUAUCUUGUGCGCGCCAUUCCCAAGACGCUAGAGACCAAGGCGAACAGCACCGGCCAGACGCCCCUCCAUCUUGCCUUCUCGCUCGGCCGCUAUGUCACAGCGAAGAGGCUCAUUGCAGCUGGUGCGGACCAGACCUGCCGCGACAGCAGUUGGAACAACAUCAUCCACACUCUGCUCUCCUCUUGGAGCUACAAAGACAUCGAGUUAAUCAAAAUGCUGGAAUUGGUUGAUCAGCGUCUCCUGGAAUCUCUGUUUACGGAACGAAAUGCCGAUGCUGCGACCCCGUUGGCGCUUUGGCUUCGGGUCUACGCCAACGAGUCCUCCGGCAAGAUUCUGGAGCAUCUCCUGUCUUUGUCUCCCACAUUGGCUGAGCUUGACAUGGUUGAUGGUGUAGGCGACACGCCGCUGCACAUUGUCACCAAGAGGGAACUGACUCCACUGAUGCGCAUCAUUAUCGACCGGCGCCCUGAGCUGCUGUAUCGGGAGAACGCGACCGGCCGCACUCCCGCAGAAAUGGCAGGAGACUCGUGGACGUCGAAGUGUUUUGAGAACCCACCCAAAAUCCCCCGAGAUCCAGCCGACCAACGCUGGUACUGGUUUGACGAGGGCACUUCUGACCCGAUCCUCGCUCGCGAUUCGGAGAAAUUCUUGCCUAAGGAUGAAGGUCAUGAAGAUGAGCAGAGCACUCCGUGGGAAUUGUGUCGUGAGCGCUGGGAAAGUGACGGCAAGGCGGAGCGUGUUAAGAGGAAGCUCGUGUCACUGAACGAGGCCAACGAAGUUGCGCGUCGUCUGGGAAAGAGGCAGAAGCACGCACGCAGAGGUCGUAAGACCCGAGAUGACGAUGGUGAAAGCCGGAGCGAAGAAGACACACCUAAAGACGAGGUCGCUUCAUGGUUUGGCCCCAGUUGGUGCGAGUUUGAGUAUGACGAGGAUGGUAAGCUCUUGGAGACGGAGCAGACAGCUCAGUGA